AUGUCCGUGGAGGGCAGGUUCAAGACAGCAGAGGCCCAGCCAAGUCCUGACCUGAGGACUGCCACCGAGGAGACUGGCACCGACCCCACUGUAUCCGGAGUCAGCCAGGUGGGGUUUCCAGAUGCAGCAGAAGUGGGCAAUGGGGCGCGGCCCUCAACCGACUCCAGGGAGCCAGAGCCAGAGCCCAGGAAGAAGCAGGCAUCUUGGGCCCCCCAGGAGCCUGGGAAGCAGCGAGCAGACCAGCACCUGGUUGAGCCAGCCGGUGAGCUGGGGGUGCUAUCUCCCCAGGGCCCUGCAGCACAUAAAGAGCCGCAGCAGCAGGGCUCAGGGGAGACCAAGGGCCAGCAGGGGAGAGAGCAGGACCCGGAGGUGGUGGAGAGCCAGGUGACAGAUGAGGCAGACACUGGGCAGCCAGCUGAGCCUUGUGGCCCGUUGAACAGCUGUGGGCAGCACCUGGACAACAAGCCCCACACGGAGGUGAGCACCCCACUCAUCAAGCCACAGGAGGUUCUGCUGGGCCCUCAGCCAGGGGAGCUUGAGAACAGUCUCCAGGAAGCAAUGCCUCUCAUGCCUAAAGCCACAUUGAAGGAGAAGACAGACACCCCCCUCCUACCCUCCACACCAGGACCUCAGUCACCCCAAGAAAGGGUCACAGCUGUGGAGACCCAGGCAGCACCGGGGUCUGUUCCUCCACCACGGAUGAGGGACAUCGGAGAGAGGAGGGACGCGGACCAAGCACAGCAACGGCCCCAGAAGCCUGCCCCAGCCGCAGGGGCCCAGAACCUUGGGAAUCACCGGCAGGGCUUCAUGAAGUGCUUGCUGGAGGUGGAGGAGGAGGAGGCCAUGCAUCGGAGAGGCCCCAAGGCCCGGGCCCUGCCCAACAGGAAGUCCCCCAGGACGCCUGCGCCCAGCUCGGCCCCCGGGGGCAAUUCAGGGCCAAGCCUGCCUCCCACCCUGCCCCAGGCCCCGCCCUCAGCCCCCGCCUCGGCCCCCUCCUGGAUCUGGCCUUCGGGCUCGGUCCCGGCCUCAAUGCCCGUGCCAGUGCUGCCCGCCCCUGCCCCAGACCUGGGCUGGAAGAGGACCGAAGUGUGGCACCAGGCCUGCGAGAGGACCCUGAGCUACGGCAAGGCAAGGCCCCCGCUGGAGGAGCGCAGCCUGCUGCAGCUGUUUCAGAGCUGGGAGGACAGGACCGAGGAGCAGCUCACCCUGAAGCAAGAGGAAGCCUUCCGCAGCUACUUUGAGCUCUUCAGUGGCCAGGGCCAUGUGGACGCGCAGAGCCUGGAGAAGAUCCUGCUGCUCGUGGGCAUCUCCCUGACACGGGGCCAGGUGGAGGCCGCCCUGAUAAGUGCUGAUGUUGAUGGAGAUGGUCGCGUGAGCUUCAAAGACUUCUUGGCCGUGAUGACAGACACCAAGCGCUUCUUCUGUUCUGUGGAACAGAACGCCCUGAUGGACAUGGCUCCCUCGAACCCCCACACACUGCUCUUUGAGAUCCUGUCCCUGUUGGUAGAGAUGCUGGCCUUCCCUGAGGCAGCCCUGGAGGAGAUCACCAACUAUUACCAGAAGAAGCUGAAGGAAGGCACUUAUAAGGCCCGAGAGAUGGAAUUGGCCAUAGGCCAACUGCGGUCCCGGAAGAAGCAUCCCUACCCGCCCCAGCAGGCAGACAACUUUGAAGUCCCGGAACGAAGGGUCCUCAGGAUCUUGAGUCGGCUGAAGCAGCAGAACUAUGCUGCCAACCUGCAGAGCCCCUACGCCCAGGUGCCCUGCAUCCCGCUCUGUCCACGGCUGGAAAAGAAGACGGUCCGCCGGAAGCAGGGAAACCACUACGUGCUGGAUCAGUUCACCCCCACCUGCCUGGGGCCUGACAUUCGGAGCCUCUUCUUUCAGUCAGGAUCUCAAGGAAGCAGGGAACAGAGUUCUGACAGCCGCAAGUGGCUCAGCUCUGUGCUGGCCCGAACACACUGA